AUGGUGAUGACAGACGCUCCUUCAAGUGUCCUUAUGCACCAGUUCUGCUGCAGCGGUGCAAGGGAACGGUGUUACCAGCGAUCUGGCUCCUUGGCCGGUGUCUCUACUCCGGUUGACAACAACGAGAUUAACAACUUCUUAACGUCCUUGAACAUUUCUGAAGCUGCGUGGAUCGGCCAGAAAUUCACCACUCAUCUUCAAAGUUCAUCUGAGACUUUGAUUCUGGAGGUCACCGGUCGCUCAGACCGGAAGAAUGCCAGUCUUCUUCUCAGGUUUCCUUCCAUGGACGCAGACUGCUCUUUUUUAAGCUUUCACCCUAACUGCUAGGGAAUCUUUUCUUAUUCCAUUCAGUCCCGUAUUAAUGAGUUCCAGCUCCGUGCAAACCUGAUCCAAGGAAAGCCUGUUCAGCUGACUCUGUUAGUGCACGCUAUUCAUGGCGCUUACCAGGAAGUCUUCAACCGUGACGGCUCCUGGCGCUGGACUUGCGUUUCUUGGAAGCAGAAUGGCGGAGGCUGGACGCUAUUAACUGAUGGCAGCAUGGUCUACACCGGCGAUGGCUUGGACUCUUCUGACAGCACUGGGCCAGAUGGACUAUUUCUUAUUGGCCAGGAGCAGGACACCUAUGGGGGCUCAUUUAAGAAGGAUGAGUCAUUCUCAGGAAGCACCACUGAGCUUCACAUAUGGGAUCGAGCACUGAGUAGAAGCCAAAUGGCCACAAUGGAAAAGGAGCGUUCACCAGCUACAUCUGGGCUGAUUUUCAAGUGGAGCGCAGCAUGGGUGGAAAGGGAGUCCUCCCUUCCAAAGCUGUGGAGAAGCAGCCCAUGUGAAAGUAACAUCUCCGCCUUCGAUCACGCCUUUUUGGACUCCAUUUUGGAGGGGAACGCCUUGCGGAAUCAGACGUUCUCCGUGACGUUUGUGGACAGCACUCAGCCUGGGGAAGAAUGCGGUGCCUUUGACCCCGCUACCGGGACUGUGAUCCUGGAGAAGUGUGAUUCCUCCAGAGGAGCCGUCUGCCAGUUUAAGAAAGAAGUGCUGGAUCCUGGAAAUUUCCCAAAGACAGCGUUCUUCAGCAUGUUGGAGCAGAGUAGCUACUGGGACGGUGACCUUCCUUUCAUGCAUCGCUUGACCCAGGCUGCCCUGCACAUCAUGGAGACCGGUGGCCCGAAUGUCCUCACAUCUAGCGAUGUCCACUUCCUGUCUCAAAGGAUGGAGAUGGAGUUGUCGGCCCUGGCGAGCGGCCACACGGACAGAGCGGAUGCAGCAGAGGCAAUGCUGUCCAUAGCUACAGAUUACGUCAAGAUGGCCAGUGUGAUGCUGGAGCCGCACGUGGCUCAACAGUGGAUGGGCCUCACAGGCGAUGGGAUCAGCGUGGGGCCGUUUACUCUUGUCAGUAGCGUUGACAACCUGACUGCAACUCUGGCAGACGUGCUGUCUGCUGAGGGGAGAGGCUUCUCACUUUCUACCAAGAAUAUAGAUGUGUUCAUCAGGAGCCACAAGCUGUCUGCAGAAAGCUGCUGUCAAUCAUUUAAACCAUCCCACCUCGGCGUGAGGAGGAAUGAUCAGGAUGAGCUGCUCAUCCCAGACUCGGAGCUGCAGAGGAUUCAGAAACUGGGACACCAGGAUGUGAUGUUUAUUCACACUCACUACAGCCAUCUGGAUGAGCUUUUAUCGGGUACACCACAGCCUCUGACUAAACAAGAGAACAUGAAAAGUGUCCUUGGUCACCUGGCGUCUGCUGUCAUUUCCGCCACCGUCCGUGAUGCCUCCAAGGCCCAAACAAUCCCUGUUGCUGUCAAGUACAAGCUGGGCUUAUCACAUACGAUGGAGAAUGCACAGAGAUUUAUCCCGGUCUGCGCCUUCUGGAAUUUCAGCCUCAUGGACAGUCACAGCAGGGGCUGGUCCAGUGAAGGCUGCAGCGUGGUCUUUGCUGCAUCUGGUGUCACUUCCUGUCAGUGCAACCACACCACCAACUUUGCAGUGUUGAUGAAUUACUUGAGACCAAAGUGGAGUCCUGAGGAAGAGCUUGUUCUGACCAAGCUGACGUUCAUCGGUUCCGGAGCAUCUCUGUGCGCUCUGGUGGUGACCUUGAUGCUGUUCACUGUGUUGGACAUCCCUCGGUCUGACAGGACGUCCAUCCACAAGAACUUGUUCGUGGCUCUGAUCUGCGCUCAAGUCAUUCUGCUGUGCAGCGGCUCGGCCGUUCACAACAAGGUGGCGUGCACGCUAGUGGCGGCGUUGCUGCACCUCUUCUUCAUGGCGGCCUUCAGCUGGAUGCUGGUGGAGGGUCUGCUGCUUUGGAGCAAAGUGGUCGCCGUCAACCUCAGCGAGGAAAGACACAUGAAGUAUUACUAUCUCAUCGGGUGGGGUCUGCCAGUGCUCAUCGUCACCAUCACCCUGGCGUCAGCAUCAGGCAAAUACUUGGCGGAUGGAUAUUGCUGGCUGAGUGUCCAGAACGGCGUCAUCUGGAGUUUUGCCGGGCCCGUCAUCUUCAUCAUUAUGGUGAAUAUCAUGGUCCUGACUAGGGUGGUGGUCAUCACCAUAUCCACGGCCAAAAGGAGAUCCAUCAUGUUGCAGAUGGGUGCCAGCCCGCUGGAGCAAGCCUACGAGCAAGUUAGGGCUGCUGUGAAAGCGGUUCUGGUUCUGCUGCCCAUCCUGGGAUUGACGUGGCUUUGUGGGGUCCUGGUCCCGUUUUCCAUCAUCAUGGCCUACAUCUUCAUCCUCCUCAACUCCCUGCAGGGCCUGUUCAUCUUCCUGAUAUAUGGGGUGUACAACACAGAGGUUCGGAGCACGGUCAACAGGCUGAAGGAGAGGAGGAAAGCGCUUCAUUUCUCAAACUGUGCAAGUUCCCGUCCGUCCAGCUCGGUCACCAGCUCUCGUCCUAUCAGCUUGCCCCAAGCAACCACCCCCAGCCAGGAGGAGGCGAGCGCCCCCUUUUUCCUGCACACAGAGGAAGACAGCAGCAGAUCUCGGCCGUCCAUUCCUUGUUCUCCAAGCGGCGUCCACGGGCCCGCAGGCGCUCAUCUGCAGAGGAAGGAGCCCUCUUCCUCCCACGUGGAUGCUGGCUGUAGUCUCCACGUCCCCAUGGAGCUGGAGUUCACCGCUUCCUGCUUCUCAUCUUCAGCUUCAGCAUAGAAGGACGUGGCCGCCGUCAUUCUCCUUUUCUUCUUCUUCUUCUUCUGUUGCUGUGCAUUUGAUCAGGACAAAAGUAUUUAGGUAAGCUGUCUUUGUGUUGUAACUGAAGAACUCCUGAGGAACUCCCGAGGAACUCCCGAGUAGUGGUUAGGGUUAGGUGGGUUGGUUCCUCAUGAACUAGUCUCAUGUUACCCACAUCUCUUGUCACGUGUGUCUAUAAAGUCAAUGCUAGCAUGUUAUACUGUAUAUCAUAUCACAUGACAGUAAUGGGGGGGGGGCAUGAUGCAUUUGCAAAAAGUCGGAUAUCCGCACACUUGGAGACUUCCCGGACACCAUUCAAGGACUGGAGUUUGUUUUGGACAUUUGAAAUGAUGUUUGUUUUGCUGUUUGAAGAAAAAGAUGGAAGCGUGGACAAGUUGAAUCAAGUCAUCAGGUCAUCCGUGCUGCGUGAUCAGGCAUCCUCAUUGGUCGUUGAGAGGAGCGCCUGAACGGAGCAACCUGAUUCCUCUUGGUUAUCAUAAAUAAAAAUGAUUUUCAUCUUCAUCUUUUCUGCUUUGAUGAAAUGGGUGAAGAAGCCCCGCCUGUCGUCAGCAUUUUAGAGAGCAGGAAUGUCCGGGCCUUCUUUAAGGACAGACUUUAGAAACCAGCCAUGUUGGUAUGCAGAGUUGGGUUUUUUAAAGCUUUUUCACAACCAAAAUUGCAACUUUAUUUGUUGUUUUUGUUUUUCAUAAUAUUAUGACUAAAAUGUUAGUCUUAUAUAUAUAAGACUAAAUAUUUCAAAUGUACGCCAUUUGUUCUUCACUCUCUUCAUCAUUUAUUCAUGUCAAAUCUCUGCUUUUUACCCAUUUUGUCUCUUGUUAUUUUUUUAUUUUCUGGUUUAAUUAUAUUUUGUGCUGAGGGCCAAUAAAAAAACAGCCCUGUGCAAUAAAUGGGACUUGGGCCACACUUUGGGUGCCCCUGUGCGAUAUACAGCCUGUGUGUACAUGAUCCAAUAGAGGCAAGAUUUGAUUCAUCUGUAUGGGUGGAUGGAUGGAUGGGUGCAUAGAUAGAUGAUGGAUGUAUGGAUGGGAGGAUGGAAGGAUGGAAGGAUGGAUGUGAGGAUGGAUGGAUGAAUCGGAGGAUGGAUGGGUGGAUGGAUGAAUGGAUGGAAGGAUGGAUGUGAGGAUGGAUGGAUGAAUCGGAGGAUGGAUGGGAGGAUGGAUGAAUGGAUGGAAGGAUGGAUGGGAGGAUGGAUGGAUGAAUCGGAGGAUGGAUGGGUGGAUGGAUGAAUGGAUGGGAGGAUGGAUGGAUGACAGAUGGAUGACGGAUGAAUCGGAGGAUGGAUGAUGAUGGAUGGAAAACCAGCCUACAUGUCAUCUCUGUGAUACUGGUGUGUAUUUUAAGCGUAUUUUAAGCGUAUUUUAAGUGUAUUUUAAGUGUAUUUCAUGUCUGGACUUUUUAGCCCAACAUUACACUUUUUUCCAAACCAAAUAUUCCAACUUCCUGCUUGACCAUUCUGACUUUAUUGUCAUAUUUUGACUUAUUAUCGUCAUAUCAUAACUUUUUCCCAACUGAAUUUGACCAAAAUACUGUUUAUACUC